AUGUCAGCUGCAUCGCCGGAGUUCUAUCAGCCGUGCGCGCCGCCCGCCUACUCGCCGGGACGCCUGCGCGUUGCCGCCACGGAACCGUCUGCAAACGGCGAGGACUACCGCUGCCGGACGCCGACCGGGGUCAGCUAUCUGGGGGAACCAGUCAGCUGCCCGCCGGCGCCCAUGAAGCCGCGGGAGCCGCCGGCCUCCACAUGCAGGAGGCGGCUCUUCGACGUCAAGGUCAUCAGCCUGCGCUUCGACGACCUCCAGGCCAUCGAUCGGCCCUCCUUCCUCCGCAACGGCAAGCGGCGGCCCAGCAGGAUUAGCAGUGGCAGCCGCCGUUCUAUGUUUAGUUGAGUGCUCGAUCAGUGGUGCUAUUACUAGUGCUUAACACUUGAGUUGAUCUAUUAUCAAUAUCAUCAUUAUUAGGUAUACAAAGUUUCUAGCAGCAGAAGUUGCACACGUACGCACGCACUAUCCUCCUCUGUAAGAUGACUAAGAUCCAUCCAUCGUGAUAAGGGUUAUGUAAGAUUAUUUCUAUCCUCGUUC